UAUGUACUGUUAGUUAAGUGGGUGUGCAUAGUUGCCAGUCAGGGGGAGGAGGCCAGGUGCAUCGGAGAGUGAUAUCACCAGUUCAGCCUGCGAUUGGAGGGAUCGACCAACCAAUGGUGCCUCGUAGUUCAAGAAUGAUUGGCCAGGAAUGCACCAUCUUAUAAACCAACCAAAGACCAGAAAGAGGGCCAAUCAACAAAGGGAUCAAGAACGCACCAAUCAGCAGCUUCCAGAGACUUUAACAACCCCGGGUGCUGGCCACCUGGGGUCUUUCUGCGGAGUUUGUAUCCAAAGAAACACCCUGUGCCUGUGCACAGUUACUUGUUACGUUUUGUUACUCUCUGACUUGCCGCUGAGGUCCUGGGCUUAUCUUGGGGCCUCGUCCUCGGUUGUCUGUGAUUUUAAUAAACAGGCCUAGACUUUUUAACCUACUCUGGCUCUGAUUCGCCUGUUUUUAAUAACCUGGGGGCCCGUCCGUGAUAGCCACACCCCCACAGGCGGUCCCGGAGAAGGACUGGUUUGGGAAGACCGGUCCAGCUGCUUUUUUGCUGCCCGGAUUUGGAUUUCUCCGAGACCGAAGACGGUUGCUGGCUAUACCCGAGAGGCGACUGAGGGCACGGCAACUCAGACCGGGAAGGCCCUUCGAGAGGGAGCGGGGCUCGCAACACACAGAUCCCAAAGAAUAGAGCACCCUCCCACUCACUUAGUAAUCAGGCCCUAAAAAGAAACACUCAAGUCAAUACAAGGAGGGAAGUAAGUCACUGCAGGAGGAGGGAACGGUAAGAUCACAUUACAAGGGGCAAGACCGGGUCAGGAUACACUCUUGCCACGAGGCAGAUACACCACAGGCCUUCCCAAAGGGGGGUGAAAAUAUGGAGGUUGGGAGAGUGCCCUGUACCGGACCCUUGUUGCUGUUAGCACUGCUAACAAUGAUAAACAUCCAGGGAAGUCAGACAGACCCCUGUGAUAGAUGUUACUAUCCACUUUAUGCAGGAGACUCUUGGAGUGCCGUCCUAAGAAUUCAUACAAAUCCGAGUCCCAACUGUAUUGACUUUUUACAAUUAACAACAUGUGUAGAGGACGGUACAACCUAUUGGCUCUCCGAAAACAUAGGAAAUCAUAAACAAAAACUGUUGGGAGAAUGCCCUACAAGGGAAAAAUGGAUAUGUUUGGAGAAGAAGCCGGAGAAAAAGGAGAAAGCAAAAGAGGUUCACAAACCUGACUUUAUAAAGGAAAAGGAAGUGAAAGGGGUAAUAAGAAAAGGAGCAGGACUCAAGAUUCUAGGUGGGAAAAAUCUGGUUUUAGACCUAGUUGAAAAGAUAUGCCAUGAAUUUAAUAUAACUAUCUGUUGGAUUUGUGGAGACACUAGAACAGCAGAAAUCUGGCCGUGGGAAGGAAUUGCACUGAGUCCAAAAGAGAUCUUAAAAUUAAUGAAGAAUAAGAUGAGAAUCCAAAGGUCAUCACCUGUGCAAGAUAAAAGGAAUGAUGAAGAAGUAUGGAAUUUAAAAUCUGAAGUAGUCGGUAAAGAAUAUCUGUGGAGGAAGGGAUCUUCUAAGUUCAUUUCAUAUGUGGGUGAGUUAUCCUGUAAACGAUAUCUAGUUACCAACGACACCCACCAAUGGUGGAUUCCUGGGGCUCCCCACCUUUAUUGGUCCAGGAAACAAAAACAGGGGUGUUCUUAUAUUCAAAGGGAAAAGUUAUAUGAAUGUAUUACCAGGGAUCUCAACCUUUUCCAUGAUGAUCCCCAAAUGUACAAGUUUUGGAGUAAAAAUGGGGUCACUUCUGUAGAACAUCAUAAAUUCUGGAGAGCCCCAAAUGAGUUAUUUUGGUUUUGUGGUAGAAUGGCGUAUGUAAUGUUGCCUAAAGAUUGGACAGGAAGUUGUACACUAGGUAUUGUAAAACCUUCUUUCUUUUUACUGCCCAGAGACGAAAGUCAGCAUCUAGGAAUCCCCUUAUAUGAUGAAUUAAAGCGUAAGAGAAGAGACUUAAUUGGUGGGUCUCAAAAGUGGGGGGAAGAAGAGUGGCCUCCAGAAAGAAUAAUCGAGACAUAUGGCCCUGCCACUUGGGCCCAAGAUGGGUCGUGGGGGUACCGAACCCCUAUUUAUAUGUUAAAUAAAAUUAUUAGAUUACAGGCAGUGUUGGAAAUCAUAACCAAUGAAACGGCCUUGGUCUUAGAUCUAAUCUCUACCCAAAACCGCCAAAUGAGAACGGCUAUCUACCAAAAUCGAUUAGCAUUGGAUUAUUUAUUGGCAGAAGAAGGAGGGGUCUGUGGUAAAUUUAAUUCAUCAGAGUGUUGUAUUGAAAUUGAUGACUAUGGAGAUCUUAUCAAAAACAUUACAACCAGAAUUAGAAAAUUGGCACAUGUCCCGGUCCAGAGAUGGAGCCCUCUAAUGAAACUGAAUUGGUGGGAUAACCUCUUAGGGGGAGAAUGGUGGAAGAAGGUUUUAUUGAUUGCAGGAGGUGCCUUAAUAAGUCUUAUUCUACUUCCUUGUGUAAUACCUUGUUUAAUUUGGUUGAUAACUAACAUUGUGCAGAAUUCCCUAGACAGCUUAAGCAGAGAGAAGAUCGAGAAGAUCAUGAUCAUACAAGAAAAUAAACUGGGGGAGAACUCCAAAACUGCCAAGAAGACCUAUGAAAAGUACCAGAAAUUAAGAAAAAUUUACCAAGUCUGUGAUACUCCUGUUUAAAUUAAAGGUUUGAUAUGGGCUAAAGCCCGAUCAAAGAUUUAGAGGGGGGAGUUGUUAUAAAUAAACUUGUUUUAGUAGGCGGGGGUAAUAAUGGGUAAAUUGUGUCAAAUGGGUUGUAAGUAAAUACCGAUUAAUGUAACAAAUUGUUAAUAUAAUGAAUUUUUAAUGUAGUGAAUCGUUGUGAGUUACAAAGUUGAAUAUGUACUAUUAGUUAAGUAGGUGUGCAUAGUUGUCACAAAGUUAAAUAUGUACUGUCAGUUAAGUGGGUGUGCACAGUUGUCACACAGUUAAAUAUGUACUGUUAGUUAAGUGGGUGUGCAUAGUUGCCAGUCAGGGGGAGGAGGCCAGGUGCAUCGGAGAGUGAUAUCACCAGUUCAGCCUGCGAUUGGAGGGAUCGACCAACCAAUGGUGCCUCGUAGUUCAAGAAUGAUUGGCCAGGAAUGCACCAUCUUAUAAACCAACCAAAGACCAGAAAGAGGGCCAAUCAACAAAGGGAUCAAGAACGCACCAAUCAGCAGCUUCCAGAGACUUUAACAACCCCGGGUGCUGGCCACCUGGGGUCUUUCUGGGGAGUUUGUAUCCAAGGAAACACCCUGUGCCUGUGCACAGUUACUUCUUGCGUUUUGUUACUCUCUGACUUGCCGCUGAGGUCCUGGACUUAUCUUGGGACCUCGCCCUCGGUUUUCUGUGAUUUUAAUAAACAGGCCCAGACUUUUUAACCUA